CCAGGCAAGCGCAAAGAAAAAUGAGGGAGGGUCGACACCGAACAUUUGUGUGUGUCUCGUCGAUCAGUUCAUUACAGAACUAUUCAUCGUAACGAGUCGCGUUCACCGUGUUAUGCUCGUUGCAUCGCAACUUGUGCGUUCCGCUGCUAUCACCAGCCGAGCGUUCUGCAGAUAGCAGCUCUGUUUGCUACUGAACAGACAUCUUGUAGUACUUUCGGAGUUAAAACCGUGUUUUCCCCCUCUCUAGCCUCAACAAAGCCGAAGAUCCUUACGGUCUAGGCCUAGCUUCCAAUCAUCUAUUCUCUUACAUCAGAAUUUCUGAGAUUUUUGCAGUGUCAACUUAACUUCAAAAAAACUCACUGGAUUGUCUUGUUGAAAAUUUCUCUGUGAACUCAUUCGUCGCUUACGCUUGGUGGAUCUUCUCGAAGUCAGAAGUAUGAAUUUCAUACUGAACCUGCUGUCGUGUUAUGCGACUGAUGUUAUAACAGCUUGAAAAAUUGGUUCUAUGUCUGGAAGGUAACUCGAAAAGAGAAUUCCACCUGACUGGGAAUCAGCAGUGUUAAGAAAGAAUCACUUUCAACAUGAAGGGGAAAAGGUGAUUCCGAUUAUCCGAUUAUCAGCUUAUUUCAGCUGGCAGAAACCGUAUGCAAGAAACGUCAUUGUUUGAAUAACUUUUUUGCAAAGAUUGGGAGAACUCUGUUCAGGUGGCGUGUGUGGCACCCCAGCGAAAGCAAACUUGGUCCCAUUUGCGGUCUUCUAUUUAUUGGCCCUACUGUAAAGGGUGAGUGAGUGGCUGGCGGUUUGGAAAUUUUGUUUUUAACCGUCACCCUUCUAAGAAGUCAUCCUGGUACCCAUACGCAAAAAGAGGAACUCCACGCUUACCAUAACGGAGUCCCCUUACAGCAACUACCCGACGGACUGUUGUCCAUCGAGCCACAUGAGCAUGAUGAACCCACCGGGUCAGUCCCCUCACCACGGGGACCAGCACCAUAUGAUGGGCAUGAUGGCUCACCAUGGCGGGAUGACCACCAUGCAGCCCAUCCAACAGUCGCAUCCUCAGCAGCAACAACAGCAGCAUUUCUCUCCUCCUGGUGGUCCAGGGGGUAGUAGGUGCUGUGCGGGCUGCGGCGCCAAGAUCAUGGACAGAUUCCUCCUUCACGCGCUUGAUCGCUAUUGGCAUAACGGGUGCCUCAAGUGCUCGUGCUGUUCAGCGACACUAGCGGACAUUGGCAGUUCUUGCUUCACGAAAGCGGGGAUGAUACUCUGCAAGAACGACUAUGUCAGGUUAUUUGGGAGCGGUGGAGCGUGCAGUGGUUGCGGCCAGAUGAUCCCAGCGAGUGAAUUCGUGAUGAGGACACAGGGAAAUGUGUAUCAUCUCAAGUGUUUCACCUGCGUCAAAUGCCACAAUCAGCUUGUGCCCGGAGACCGCUACAACUUGGUCAAUGGCAGCGUACUCUGUGAACAGGACUGUAUCAAAAUGCUCAAAGGGACCGUCAGUCCGGCGGGGGUGCGGAAGACCAAAAUGAGGGUCAACUCGGCCAUCAAAGUGUAACCAGAGGAGACAGCGCGUUCGUACAUAACUCCCUAACAAGUGAACAAGUAUGAUAAAUCUCAUGCUCAACUCGCAGAUUUAUAAACUCGUUUGCCAAACCCCCUAACUAUUACCACUAUUACUAUUUCAAGCCGUUUUAUGGACUUGUGAUGUCAUCCUCAAGAAAAUGAACAUAAGUAUAUAUAGCGAAGUUUAGUUUCCACUUGUUGCACACGUUUCUUUUUGUUUGUUUCGCAUACAUAAUCUAUGCCCUUUUCCUAAAGGGAGCUAAUCAAAGGUUAAUUAUUAUUAGAAAUGAACUGAAUGCAUCUGUGAUGUGCGUCCGCCAGAUACUUAAAAAUCCGAAUUUCCUCCCUUGCAUCAUUUCAUGGACUUCUUGGUGCAUAUAUCUACUAGGACAUCUUUCUGAGGAUUCACUUCGUUUGGGAGGUCAACAACAAUCACUCAGACUACUUCGCCUGGUGGAGUGAAUACAAAUCAGUCAGCAUCGGCAGUGCCAUAAGCCUCCUCAACAGCCAUCCCAUCUUCUCCCCUAUGCUGCACAAGCUGUCUGGAAAAAAGAAAAAUAAAUUUAAAAUAAGGAAACAGGACCUUUAAUGCAGCCAGCAAUAAAACGGGUCUUGGAUCCGUGAACUCCACCUGAUAGUGACAAUGACUCGACUCUAUCAUCCUGAACGAUCUACAACAACAAACCAACCAAAUUUUGUUGGGAGAACGAUGCAUUUUCUUAUUUUUGUUUGUUGAUACUCUGAUUCAGGUUAACUGUACAUAUGCAAAUCACAUUCGACAUGUACUGUAAAGAAUUUUCUCAUUAAGUUC